CGCUGCCCCCUCGUCGCCGCAUCACACUCCUGUCCCGGGAGCUGGGAGCAGCGCGGGCAGCCGGCGCCCCCGUGCAAACUGGGGGUGUCUGCCAGAGCAGCCCCAGCCGCUGCCGCUGCUACCCCCGAUGCUGGCCAUGGCCUGGCGGGGCGCAGGGCCGAGCGUCCCGGGGGCGCCCGGGGGCGUCGGUCUCAGUCUGGGGUUGCUCCUGCAGUUGCUGCUGGUCCUGGGGCCGGCGCGGGGCUUCGGGGACGAGGAGGAGCGGCGCUGCGACCCCAUCCGCAUCUCCAUGUGCCAGAACCUCGGCUACAACGUGACCAAGAUGCCCAACCUGGUUGGGCACGAGCUGCAGACGGACGCCGAGCUGCAGCUGACAACUUUCACACCGCUCAUCCAGUACGGCUGCUCCAGCCAGCUGCAGUUCUUCCUUUGUUCUGUUUAUGUGCCAAUGUGCACAGAGAAGAUCAACAUCCCCAUUGGCCCAUGUGGCGGCAUGUGUCUUUCAGUCAAGAGACGCUGUGAACCCGUCCUGAAGGAAUUUGGAUUUGCGUGGCCAGAGAGUCUGAACUGCAGCAAAUUCCCACCACAGAACGACCACAACCACAUGUGCAUGGAAGGGCCAGGUGAUGAAGAGGUGCCCUUACCUCACAAAACCCCCAUCCAGCCUGGGGAAGAGUGUCACUCUGUGGGAACCAAUUCUGAUCAGUACAUCUGGGUGAAAAGGAGCCUGAACUGUGUGCUCAAGUGUGGCUAUGAUGCUGGCUUAUACAGCCGCUCAGCCAAGGAGUUCACUGAUAUCUGGAUGGCUGUGUGGGCCAGCCUGUGUUUCAUCUCCACUGCCUUCACAGUACUGACCUUCCUGAUCGAUUCUUCUAGGUUUUCCUACCCUGAGCGCCCCAUCAUAUUUCUCAGUAUGUGCUAUAAUAUUUAUAGCAUUGCUUAUAUUGUCAGGCUGACUGUAGGCCGGGAAAGGAUAUCCUGUGAUUUUGAAGAGGCAGCAGAACCUGUUCUCAUCCAAGAAGGACUUAAGAACACAGGAUGUGCAAUAAUUUUCUUGCUGAUGUACUUUUUUGGAAUGGCCAGCUCCAUUUGGUGGGUUAUUCUGACACUCACUUGGUUUUUGGCAGCAGGACUCAAAUGGGGUCAUGAAGCCAUUGAAAUGCACAGCUCUUAUUUCCACAUUGCAGCCUGGGCCAUCCCCGCAGUGAAAACCAUUGUCAUCUUGAUUAUGAGACUGGUGGAUGCAGAUGAACUGACUGGCCUGUGCUAUGUUGGAAACCAAAAUCUCGAUGCCCUCACCGGGUUCGUGGUGGCUCCCCUCUUUACUUAUUUGGUCAUUGGAACUUUGUUCAUUGCAGCAGGUUUGGUGGCCUUGUUCAAAAUUCGGUCAAAUCUUCAAAAGGAUGGGACAAAGACAGACAAGUUAGAAAGACUGAUGGUCAAGAUUGGGGUGUUCUCAGUACUGUACACAGUUCCUGCAACGUGUGUGAUUGCCUGUUAUUUUUAUGAAAUCUCCAACUGGGCACUUUUUCGGUAUUCUGCAGAUGAUUCCAACAUGGCUGUUGAAAUGUUGAAAAUUUUUAUGUCUUUGUUGGUGGGCAUCACUUCAGGCAUGUGGAUUUGGUCUGCCAAAACUCUUCACACGUGGCAGAAGUGUUCCAACAGAUUGGUGAAUUCUGGAAAGGUGACCAGUGGUCCUCCUUUCUGAAGGCUCUUGCUACAAAGGAAAGAUGAGGAUAUUCUAUUUCUUGAUCCCUCUCAGCUACUGGGAGCUGCUUUGUGCCUUGGAAGCAUCAAGCUGAAAUGGAUGUCAGCCUCAAGUUUAACUCCAAGAGGGUUCAUCUUGUUUCUUUGAACAAAAUGUGCUGCCUGUUGCUUCCCUUUGCCAGGAGUGGUGUUCCCUUUUCCACAGGUCUGGACCACGGUGUCUCUAGCUCCCGCUCCUGGAUACUUGGUUAUUGUGUGUUUCGGUAAAAAAGCAUCCACAACAUGAAUAUCCACUAAGCUAUAACAGGGCCUGCUGCAACUAUAGUAUUUCCUGAAAAAAUAUCAACUGCCGCAAGGGCCACAAAUAAAGUCUGUGAACUUGAAAUAACCGUGGAGAAUGAAAUGUUCUGAUUCAGAUCAUCAGUGGGAUUUCAUUGGGAAAUCUCCCACUGGGCAAGAGUAGAUGAUGGAGGAGGAGAAACAGUCACUAGAAAAAGGUGAUACUUUGUAUCAAGAAACAAUUAAAAAUUAGAUCACAUCCUGAAACAUUAAGCAUAUGCCCCUUUGUGAGGCUUGCCUGGCUGAACUUGAACUGGAUUUAGUGAAUAAUUUCUUAAAAACAAUCAAAAUCACAGAUUUAUUCUAUUUGAAAUACUUGUAUUUACUUAUAUUUCAUUCAGAAAUUAGUUAACAAAUAAUUUUUGAGUAUCCUGGGAACUGUUCUAAUCAUUAAACAUGCAAGUUUGAAGAAAGUAAGGAUGAAUCUGCCUGCAUGGGGCUCUCAAUCUAGCGAGAAGCAGAUAAGAAGACAAAUGUCAGGGAAGAUCACACAACCUUCAGGUAGCAUUUAAGCUGAGACCUCACUAGUUGCUAAGACUGGAUUUCAGAGGUCAGGUUUGGAUAUACAAAAUUUAGGAGCUGGUACAUGACUUUUAAAACCAUGGGAAUGAACGAGAUUUCCUAGAUAGAAAGAAGAAAAGAAUAUUGACAUUUAAUAUUGAACGGAGUAGGAGGAGCUGAACAGAGAGACCAGGAAGGAGCAGACAGUGAACCUGGAGCAUGAAUAGGAGAGUGGGUGUCAUGGAAGCCAAGAGAAACAAGAAUUCAAGAAAGAAAGUUUCUCACUGUAGCAAAUGGCGCUGAGAGGGAAAGUAAGGCCAUGGAAUGAUGACAAUGACAACAGUGACGAAGGAUCAUUGAGUAUGGUAUCAUGCUGACAUUUGUUUCUACCCAGGCUAGGUCGUUACUGAGGGGUGGUAGCUAAGACAGGGUGGGUUGAACAUGAGGAAAUGAAGACAGAACAUGAAUUUUUGGAAAGUUUGGCUACAAUGGGAAGUAGAGAAAUGGGGUAAUAUCUGGAAGGGGAGGGAAUUGAGUCAGUAGGGUUUUGUGUUUUGAUUUUACGGUAGGGCAUCUAGAUAGAUCAUGUUUAUAUGCCUAUUCCCACUCUGUUCUCUCUUCCUGAAGAGUCUCCUCUGGCAAACUCCAUUCUGUAAAAGUCCGUAUUUAAGUGUCCUGUUCUCUGUCAAACAUUCUUCCCAGGACUAGUAUGAUGUCUGUCCCCAGGCUUCCAUGCCAUUAUGUGUACACAUUAUCUGCCAUAAGCUUACCUUAUUGCAUGGCAAUGGAAGUUUUUCCUCCCUCUCUCUUCUUCAUUAGACAAGAACAGGGUCUUGAAAAGUAGAGACUGUGCCUUCUCAAGUUCGGACUACUGGCACAGGUAGGUGCUCAGAACUUGGCACCAGGAAGAUGCUCAUUAAAUAUCUGAAGAACAAAUAAGUAAAUGAAUAAAUAGACUAACUGAGUUUGAAGGCAGUGCUAUGGCAGAUUUUUCUUAUUUUAUGAAUGGAAAAACUAUGGCAUAGAACAAUUUGGAAUCUGAUAAUUUUACAAAUUUGUAGGAGUGCUGGAAAACAGUAAAAUCUUCAGUCUUGCUCCUUGAGCUGUUGCCCAGGUCCCUCUCUGGGACUGCACUAGCAGCCCUAAAAAACACCUGGGGCUGAUACCCUCACAUUCACACCAAACCGCAGACCUUACCACAGAAGCACAGGCCUUCACACUGGCGUCUGCAGUCUACUUGUAGUUUGAUUUUAGCAACAUUUGCCAAGUUGAAGCUGGGAAGCAGCUGGUGAACAAAGGGUGGAUGCACUUUUCUGAAUCUAGGGGGAGACCAGGUUAGGGCCAUGCUAAGUGAAGCUGAUAGGGUAGGUGGGCCAGGCAGGGGAACAGGCAAAGAUACCCUUGGCUCCCUUAAACUUGGGCUAGAAAAAACAAAGACAUGGCUCAAGGAGAACCACAAGGUGUCACUGUUCAUCCUCAGUUAAACAAACAGUGAUUUGGGCAGGGACUUGAGCAACACUGCGAAGAACUUUAUUUUGCAGAUGAAGAAACGGAGGCCCGGGGAGGUAACAUGAUUUGACUAAGAUCACGUAACAACUUAAUGGCAGAACAAUUAUGAGAAACCAAGUCUCUUAACUUUCAGACUGGCAGGACCACUUUCUCCCAUUGCUCCUAUGAGAUGGCAUUUUGAGAUGAGGAGUAAGCCUUUUCUACAAUCAUUCACUCAAGACAAUGGCUUUCAAUUAGAAAUAGAACAGAAAAAAAACGAGAGAGAGAAGAAAAGAAUGAAAAAAGCGCAGCAUUCGCUCUCACAUGUGCCUUAUUCAAAGUGCUGGGCUAAGAUGCCAGUGCCCACAACGAGAGAGUGGCCCACAGGGCCUCCGUCUGUGGCAGGCUUGAAUACCCGAAUAGAAAAGUAUCAGGUAAAGGAUGUCAUUCUUUUUAUGGCUCCAACUUAAAAAGAGUCUGGUUCCCAAGGAAAACAGGAAGCCAAGUUGCUCAGCAAAGAAUUGGCUGAAACCUAAGUAGGACCCAGAUAAAAACAUUUGCUGGAUGGAAGGAUGUGGGCAAAUUUCUGGGCCCCGCUGCUUGGGGAUGGGAAUCUAUGAGGCAGAAGACCCUUUGUGAAACAGUGACCCGUGCACCAGGCAUUUUUGCGGAUGUCUGGAAACUGUGAGGCAGUGGAGGAGUCAUAAGUUAGUUGGUUUUUUAACUCCAACUAACUUUACUCCACCAAGUAUCUCAGGAGAUUUCGCCUAUGCUCUUUGGCCUGACUCCCACUAGGCCCUUACUCCUUCCAUGGUGGCUUCUACUGGAGCCUCUUUCUUAGUUCCCAGGUUAUUAAAAUAAUAAUAAAUUCAAAGAGCUUUGUUGUUUUCUUAGGUAAUAUAAUUAAUAUGCGCUCAUUACAAAAAUUCAGAUACCAAGUAGCAGAAUGAAGAAAAUAAAAGACAUCUGUAGUCUCUCCAUUCAGAAAUAAUUGCUGUUAGCGUAAUGCUGUAUACAUUCAGGCUGUUGGCCUAUGGAACACCUGGUAUAUGUCCUCGGCCCUGGGUUUAGAGCUGUAAAGCUGGCACAAACUAAUCUCAGCUCUCACAGAGCCUACAUUCUAAUUGUCUGGGAGAGACAGACAAUAAUAUUUUGUAAAAAAGUGAAAUAUAUAGGAUGUCAGAUUGUGGUAAAUGCUAUGAAGACAGAGAAGGGGAUGGGGAUUUUAAUGGUGGUGAGGUGGCAAUUUAAAAAUAGGAUAUUCAGAAAGUGACAUUUGAACAAAGAUCUGAAGCAGAUGUGGAUAUCUGGGAGAAGACUUCUUUCUUUCUGUACAUAUACAAUAAUGCAAUUAUAACAUAAACAAUAUAUGAAUACAUCUUUGAUUUAAAAUCUUCAAAUAAUACAGAAAUAUAUGGGAAACAAGGGAACAACCUUCUCACCACCCUCCUAUUACCUUCUCCUCUCUCCCAAUAAGCACUUUGGCAAUGGUGUGUUCCCUGCCCAAGCUUCAUCUCUGCAUUUACAUUCAUUUCUGUAUAUACUGACACAAUAGCUUUAUUUUAUUUCCUACGUAAAUGAGCUCAUCCUUUGUGAAGGUGAUAUCUUUUUAGUUUCAGCAAAAAGAGUCUUCUUAACAUUUUCUAAAAUUCAAAGGUAUGUGAGACCUAUAGGCCUCAUUACUAAAAAUGAAAUAGCUAAAUGUGAUUGCUAAGUGUGGGUAAAUGUUUUACUUCUUCCUUUGGGCUAAUAAUCUAGCAUAUACUGAAUUCUAUUGAAAUAAUUUGUUUCUGCCUCUGUCUCUGCUACUACACAGUGAAUUUUUUGUGGCCAGGGAAUUAUGUCUUCACAUCUAUUAAUUUCCUGUGCUUGGUGCAAUGCCCAGCAUGUGGUGUUUGGUAAAUGAAUAGGCAAUCAAUUAUACUUUCAUACAUUACUGUGGAAGGCUUCCAACACUGGGUGAGAUAUUCGCUGAGAUCAAUCAUCUGCCCUAAUGUGGUCCAAUCUUUUCUCCAUUGAAAUAUCUAUGUCACUAUGGGACACAGCCACUGUGGGAUGAUAGCCAGGAUGACUGUGGUCAGAUCCUACAAAUCAGAUAGUCCGAUUUUAAGCAUUAGAAUUAAAAAAUCAAGUAAUGAGAGCUACCUUUCAUUCCUCUUGCUGAAAGAAAAGAGUUAGGACACAAAUGUGCUAAGCACUUGACCUAACACUUCUCGUUCAAGACACAAAAGUCUCAAUGAGGUAGAUAUUAUUUUGUGGACAAGGAAACUGAAAAUCGGUGAUUAGUAUGGAUAUUAGUUAGAUCCAUUCAUGUGUCUACCAUACAGACUUAUCAGAUCUUAACAUUUCCCUAUGUUUGCCUUAAUUUUUUUUCCCCAGAAAUAUUACACCAGAGGGCCACGAUCACAAAUUGAUUGAUUGACUGAGACGGAGUCUCACUGUCGCCCAGGCUGGAGUGCAAUGGCACAAUCUCAGCUCACUGCACCCUCCAUCUCCUGGGUUCAAGCGAUUCUCCUACCUCAGUCUCCCGAGUAGCUGGGAUUACAGGCUUGUGCCACCACGCCUGGGUCAUUUUGUAUUUUUAGUAGAGAUGGGGUUUUGCCAUGUUGGUCAGGCUGGUCUUGAACUCCUGACCUCAGGUGAUCUGCCCGCCUCGGCCUCCCAAAGUGCUGGGAUUACAGGCGUGAGCCACCGCGCCCGGCUCCACAAAUUUAAUUGUGAACACUGGAUGGCACAUUUAAAAAGCCACUUAAAACAACUUUGUCAUUUUAUUCAAUAGACAUGAACUGAGCCUCGGUGCCGGGCUAAGCUGUACGGAUACAGAAAGGUAUAAAGCUCUGUCCUUGUGCUCACAGGGACUCACUUUUUAGUGGGGGUGGCAGAUGUAUAAGUUUUACAGUUGAGAAACUGAGGCACAGAGAGGGGUGGUUACUCUUUCAAGAGGCAAAGCCAGGUUUAUACACUGGGGGUCAAACAAGCUGGCCUCUUGGUGGACUGGGAGGCCGCCACACAUUCCUGGUCUGUUGGAACAGCGUGGAUUCUGAGUGGGGGCACCUCUUCUCCAGGAGGGUCCAACUAGGAAUGGGAGCCAGUUUGACACAAUGAAGCCGAAUCUGUGAGAAGCACGCAUGAGUGUUUUUCUCUCUUUCCACUAACCAUCUUUUUGCUGCAAAGAAUUAAAUUCUUUUCUGGUGACACACACUUCCUGUCAGUAUGAGGCACACCCAGCCAGACAAAACCACCCAAAGUAAAUGAAGAAAAAUCCUUUUAAUUCCUCUAGGUCCACAGAUUUGGUUUCUGCUGGAUUGUUGCCAUUUUCCCAGGGGUUAAGCCAGAGGUGGAUUUGGGGAACAGCAAAUAAGAACAAUACACUGAUAAGGGUAACACCAGUGACAUGAAAACAUCCACUAUUUAUUAUCUCCAAUUAAAAUUCCAUACUCUUAUAAAAGCAAUUCUCAUCAUAGAAAACUCAGAAAGCUACCAAAAUUCAUGUUUAUGGGUUUUUUUUGUAAAAAGAAAACCAAAAUCUCUCAGUCUAAACUACAAUCACUUUAACAUUUUGAUGUAUAAACUUUCUUUUUAAAUAUUAUAUUUGUAUGCAUUAUUUAUUCUGGUCUGGUCAUAUAACUUUAUAUGACAAAUACUUCCUUAUAUAUUAUGCACUUUGUUUUGUUUUGUUUUGUUUUGUUUUGAGACAGAGUCCUGCUCUGUCACUCGGGUUGGAAUGCAGUGGUGUGAUCUUGGCUCACUGUAACCUCUGCUUCCUGAGUUUAAGCAAUUCUUGUCCCUCAGCUUCCUGAGUAGCUGGGAUUACAGGUGUGUGCCACCAUGCCUGGCUAACUUUUUUGUAUUUUUUUAGUAGAGACAGGGUUUCACCAUGUUGGGCAGGCUGGUCUUGAACUCCUGGCCUCAAGUGAUCCACCUGCCUCAGUCUCCCAAAGCGCUGGGAUUACAGGCAUGAGCCACCAUACCUGACCCAUUAUGCUCUUUCAAAUAUAAUUAUAAAUAUAAUAUUUCAUUAUACAGUUGCUCUAUAAUUUAGUUGGUCAAUCUAUUGUUGGACAUUUAAAUUUUCUAUCUUUCAGUUAUUAUAUUAUUACCACUUUAGCCAGGCACAGUGGCUAAAUAUGUAUUAUAUAUAAUUAUAUAUUAUAUAUAUUACUUAUAUACAUUAUAUAUUAGUUUUAUAUAUAUAAUAUAUAUUAUUAUUACGACUCUAAGCAGAUAUUUGCCUUACUGAGUGACAUCACUGGCCUCUUUUCUUACAUUAUCUCAUUUCCUUAUAAGCCUCCAGAGUAGACAUUAUUACUGUAUUAUUACUGUUUUUAAAUGAAGGAACUAGAAUUCAAAGAGGAUAAGAAACUGUCCCAAGGUCAAAGCCAGGCUUUACACCUAAGUCUCUUUAACUCCUGAGCCAACACUACCUAUUGCCACAUCCUGGGUGUGCCUGGUGCUCCCUAACCCACCCUGAGUUUUCUGUCUUACCAGAACAUCAUUACUUGUGAUGUAAGAGUUUUCUUCUACUCUCCUUUGCUCAAAAAACUUAAUCCUAGUCUCACUCCUUUCAUGUUCCCAUGAAUCCCCUGGCCUCUUAGUAAAAUUCGGGUCUUUCCAAUUAAACACUCUCCAUUUUAAAGUUCCCAGGCAGCUGGACUGAUGCGAUUGAUGGUUCCCAACUGCUGUGCCAUGUGCUCUGGUCCUCCUUCCUUCUCAGCUGUUCCCAGAAAGGCAGGCUAUGAGGUUAAUCACAUCUCUAUGCUGUAAAACUGAAUCCUGAUAUACUCACUAAAGCCCUCGUGGUGAUUUGUGCCCCAUUUGAAUUCCCAUUUAUAUUCUGAAACUUUUUCAAAAUCUGAGAUGCUCUCAGCAACUCAGUACAUUCUAAACAGGAUAUUAAACUUUUAAAAAAUGUAUAAGGCUUAAAACUCUCUUCUAAAUUCCAGACAUGGAACAGUUUAAUUGACACCCACUCAGAUGUUUUGAAACUUAAUACAUUCAAAUCAGAAUUAUUGAAAGUUUUUAUAUGUGCAGUGAUUACAUGUCAACUAAAAAGGGGAAAAAAGGUUCUGCCACAUUAUAAUCCUUUUUUCCAACUGUUUAUUUCUGUUAUUUUGAAAGAACAAUCAGAUGGUACUUUUUUCAAAGACAGUCACAUAAAAACUGAAACAAGGUAUAGAUUAAUUACAUUUUUUGAAAACUGUGUGAUACACGAUUAUGAAAUUUGUAGAAAUUUUAUGUGGAAAAAGAACAAGGGAAAUCGAGUGAAAUGCUUCGAAGGCAUCUAUGACAUAGGAUGCUGUGCUCUUCCUCACCUUCCAUUCACUUUUUAACCCUCUCCAAUGUGCCUUUUCUACCAUCUGAAAUUGUUCUCACAAAGGUCACCAGUGACUUUCCAAUUGCAAAUCCAAUGGGAGUUUUUUGGACUUCAGCUUACCUGAUUAAUUUGAGGCAUUCAAUGUUAUUAAUCAGUAACACUCCUUUUGCAACUUUCUUUCUUUUCUUGUUUUUUGUUUUUUGAGAUGGAGUCUCACUCUGUCACCCAGGCUGGAGUGUAGUGGCACGAUCUCGGCUUGCUGCAACCUCUGUCUCCUGGGUUCAAGCAAUUCUCCUGCUUCAGCCUCCUGAGUAGCUGGGACUAUAGGCACAUGCCACCACGUCUGUGUCUGGCUAAUCUUUGAGGUUUUUUUUUUUUUUUUUUUUUUUUAGUAGAGAUGGUGUUUCACCACAUUCGUCAGGCCGGUCUCGAACUCCUGAUCUCAGGUGAUCCACCCGCCUCAGCCUCCGAAAAUAUUUGGAUUACAGGCAUAAGCUACCGGGUCUGGCCACAACUUUCUAGUCUCAGUGUCAUCACAACCAGUUUCCAGCUUCUCUGACUCUUCUUAGCUACCCUGUUGUCCUAUCACUCCCUGCCUCUUCCCCAGGGUUCAUCCUCUGGUCCACUUCCCUUCUCACACUUCAUAGGAAAAUACCGCUCAAGAUCAUUGCCUCCCCUCUCACCACAACAUACAUCUCUAUCCAAAAACUCUUGAUAUUUUAGUUCAGACUGUUUUUAGCUAUUUUACUGCAGAGUUGGAAUUUAAGAGUCUGGAGUUUGCAAAUAUAAACUUUCAUUGCACUUGAUUGCUGCUGUUCUGUGAACUCUCAUUACCUUUUCCCUGGGUGGCUGCUAUAUAUCCUGACUGGUUUCUCCAUCCCUAGUCUCAUUUCAGAUCCAUUCUCAACACUCCUUUAGAAUACUUUCUAAAAUAUGGAAAUCUGAGUUUCCACUUCUGCUACUGGCAGAAUAGUUCCUAUAAGACCAACCCUUCCACAAAUAAAAACAGUAGAUUAUUGAAAAAAAAAAAACACCAAUACAAACCUGAAGGCUAUGGAGAAGAACCAAAAACAAACGCUAGACAAGAGCCAGCAUUUGGACAAAAAGACUAUCAUGUGUGAAAUGUUCAUUUUUAAUAGUUUUUUGUUGUUGUUGUUGUUUUUGCCUGAGGGCAGACCCCAGUGAGUACUAAGCAGGGCAGCUAAAAUGCAGAUAGACCCAGUCUUACCAAAUAGAAGAACAAGAGGGAAGCAUUCAGGGUAACUAUAGCAGCUGUAAAUUGGGAUCAAGGGCAGGAGGAUCCAAGAAAGGAUAAAACAAUGGAAAGGGAGCCCAAAAUUUUAUGUAUAAAACUCUACCUAAGUCUCUGGCAAUUCUCUGAACUAUGCAUGUGUAAGACAGACGUCAAGCAGCCUAACUAAGGCCAAAACAACUAAACAGAGAUUUCACUUGGUGUCUAUUUUAGUGAGAGAUAGAGAUUGAAUUUAGCCAUGUUAAUUACUGGCUAAAACAAACAAACAAAUAAAAAUAACACUUUUUGGAUGAAUGUAACAAAAGACAGAGUCCCUACAACAUAUCACUCACAAUGUCCAAGACAUAAUCCAAAAUUAUUAUAAAGAAACAGGGAAACAUGACUCAUAUUUAAGAGAAAGGGCUAAUAGAGACAAGCUCUGAGACGAACCAUAUGUUGGAAUUAGUUGGCAAGAAUUUUAAAGUAGUUAUUAUAACUGUGGUUAAGGACAUAAGAAUAGACUUCUAAUGAAUUAACAAAUAGGAAAUUACAUUAGAGAAAUAGAAAUUAAAAAAAGAACCAAAUGGAAUUGAAUCAUAUACAAAAAAUGCAAUAUGAGAAAUAAAAAAUUCCCUGAUUGAACUUCACAGUAACUUGUAGAUGACAGAAGAAAGGGUUAGUGAACUUGAAGAGCGGUCAGUAGAAAUCACUGACUUGAAGAACAGAGAAAAGAAAAAUUGGAAAAAAAAUGAACAGAGCCUCAGGGAAAGUAGGCCAAUAUCAAAGGCCUAACAUGUGUGCAAUUGGAGUCCCAAAGACUAGAAGCUAGAAAAUGGGGCAGAAGACAUUUUUGAAGAAAUUAUAUCUAAAAGCUUUCCAAAUGUAAUGAAAUGCAUAUGUUCUCAGAUUUAAGAAGUUUAAUGAAUCUCCAAUAGGGUAAGUACAAAGAUAACCAUCACAUAAUUCAGUAGUAAACAACAGUAACAACAAUGACAACAAACCCUAUGGUUAUGUCUAUAAUCUUUUGGUGCAAAACCUACUUGUCUUGUCUUUUUCUGCUUAUCACCACUCUCUUUCUUAUUUUCACCAAUCUGGAGAUACAUAUACAAAAACAUUUUAAAAUCCACUUUUUGGCCAGGUGCAAUGGCUCAUGCCUGUAAUCCCAACACUUUGAGAGGCCGAGGCGGGAGGAAUGCUUGAGCCCAGGAGUUCAAGACCAGUCUGGGCAAUGUAGGGAAACCCUGUCUCUGCAAAAAUAAAAAAAUUAGCUGGGCAUGGUGGCACAUGCUUGUGGUCUGAGCUACUGACCACUGAGCUACUGAAGUGGGAGGAUUGCUUGGACCUAGGAGGUUGAGGCUGCAGUGAGCUGAGAUCAUGCCAUUGCACUCCAGCCUGGGUAACAGAGCAAGACCCUGUCACACUCACACACACACACACACACACACACACUCCACUUCGUUUCUAAUCAUGGUGUAUAGAUGCAAGCAAUAUUGUUGGUUCUAUGACAAUACUUUUAAAACUACAAAAACAAAUUUGAAAGUGACGUGAUGUGAAAAAGAAUGAAAUCAUGUCAUAGCCACAUGGAUGCAGCUGGUUGCUAUUAUCCUAAGUGAAAUAACUCAGAAACAAAAUCCGAUACUGCAUGUUCUCAAUUAUAAGUGGAAGCUAAUCAAUGGGUACAUAUGCACAUAAAGAUGGAAAUAUUAGAUACUGGAGACUCCAAAAGGGAGGAGGAUGGAAGGAGGCCAGGGUUGAAAAACUACCUGUUGGAAGUUUUGGGGUACUAUGUUCACUAUUUGGGUGAUGAGUUCACUUGAAGCCCAAACACCAGCAUUAUGCAAUAUACUCACGUAACAAACCUGCACAUGUACCCCAUGUAUUUAUAAUAAUAAAAAGUAAAUUAAAAUAUUUCUAUAUAAAAAUAAUUUAAAAAGAAAGUGAUGUGGUGGAAAGGGAUAGGAUUCCUUAUAAGCUAAUUAUAUAUAAAAUACUCUCCUGCUCUUUUUUAUUUAUAAUUCAAUCACUCCCUAAUUAAUUUAUUCAUCUAAUCAUGAAACUUGUUUAGUCACCUACUUGGGGGCAGGUACUGAGGACAUGAUGACAAAUAAGGAAAUCUUUACCCUUUAGAACUCAUCAUGUAAUGAUCCAUAUUGGUCACUUUGAGAUUCUGGUACUUCUAAAAAUAACUUAUUAUUUUUACUUCUUAUUAUAAAAAUCAUACAUGGGACAUUUAGAAGCUAUAGGAGAGCAAAGGUAAGAGAAUUCACUGUGAAUUAAUUAUUCAUUGAACACCUAUUUUGUGCCAUUGACUAUCCUUAUUGCUGGGAGCACAGCGUUUAAAAAAAACACAAAAACCUUUCUCCCACUGUAAUAGAUGAGUCACAUAAUGGGAAAACAAACAAAUGUAUCAUCUAUUAAAGUGGGAGAACUUGGUUUUGUAGUUUUAAAAGUAUUGUCAUAGAACCAACGAUACUGCUUGCAUCUAUACACCAUGAUUAGAGAGGAAGUGGAUGGAGAGUGUGUGUGUCUGAGAGAGAGAAUAUUUAGAAUGCCAAAAGCGGGCACUUCAAGGAAGGCUUUUUUUAUUUAAAAAAAAUUAGCUCAUUCUACAUACUUUAGAAAUUACCUUUGAGUAGCAAAUGUUAAGGAUAUAAAUACUUUGCACGUAUAUUCCUUGUUUAUAGUUAACCAUAUGUUAUUUUCUACCUGCAAAAUACUAAAACAUAUUCUACCUACGUGCAAUCUAAGUUUUGUAGCAGAGUCUUUUUACGGGGGCCAAACAAUUCUGGACUAAUUUUUAAAACCCUGAAAUGGCUCACUGUUUUGAGGUUAUUUUGAUAGAGUAUGAAUUUACUUCUUUGUCAUUUGGAGAAGGUGCACAGUAUUAUUAUGAACAGAGAAGAGCUGUAUGAAAACUGAUCUUCCAGCAUCUAUCAUCUCCUUUUAGUCUAAUGAGAUACUGCCAUUAUCUCCUGAUGAAAUAUUGUUCUAGAAAACCUUACCCCAUCAUACGAUUUCUGCAGAUCUUACAGGAGCAAUCUGAGCUCAAGCAAUAUUAAUUACUGUUUCAUUUGUCCAUUUGUCUGUGUAUAAUCAUGUAUUUUAAUGAUCUUCUAUUUUCUAUGGUUUGUGUAGAUUUGGAGACUAAUUCAAAAGAGUUGAAGUUUUUUGGACAUGUUUAGUUGAAUGUGCAGUUCUCUUUUGAAGAAUCCUGUCUCCAAAUCCUGUUUUGAAAAGAGUGUUGAUGAGUAGCACAGCACCUGGCAUAUUGUGAGUGUGCAAUAAAAUCAUGCCUUUUCAGCA